CGAUUGACCCAGGAAAACUUUCUGGUGUAUUCGUGCGAACGGAUCCGGUGGUAAUAUCCAAUGAGAUUGCAGUACUAUUGGAAAUGAAUGUAAUGAAAAUCCCUAAAAUAUCAAAAAUUCUUAUAUGGGACCGUCUAGUAUUCGAUACUCCUUGGUAUUCGGAUGAGCUCGUCAGAUUUCGUCAUUUCCGUUAUCUGGGACGCGCAAACGGUCCUGCGUCCAGAUAAAUGAGAUAAAAAAAAGAGACGUAAGUGAAACUAAAAGACGGCCGGGCCGAAACGUAAAGGGAUAUGACUCCUAGGGAAGAAGUAUGCGCGUCCUCUACUCGAUAAAGAGAUAUUAAACGUAAUAAAUGGUAGUUUCAAAUAAAUGGUGCAGUGUCGUAAGAUGCCCGUGAGCGUUCUCGUGGGUGUAGUAAAGUCGGCGAGUGCGAGAUGCCAGGAAGACAGAGUAACUGACUCCAGUGCGGAUAAUACGUGAAUUCGUGAGGUGCUUAAUUUUUUUUUACUAGGUAACAAAUAAUCGAAAGAAAGAUUAAGUUAAAUCAUUAUAAUCUAUUGUUCAUGAACAUUGUGGAAAUUAUCUAUAAAUGUGAAUUUAAGUGUGGAAAUCGAUUGGUUUUUCAAGAGAGAAAGAGAAAAAGAAGUAUCGUGAAGCCUCGGGCUUCGCUCAUGUUAUGUCAACGUAAACCUGCGGCAGCACUGCCGCCUCUUUAGUAAUUAACCAAACAAAAUGGACACCGAGAUAACGAUUAAGCGAGUCUCCUGCGAUUGUUUUAAUUGAGGAUUCGACGACAAAAUGGGAGCAGCCCACGUUCAAUCAGAGGAGAGAGACGAAUCGACGAUGGGUACGCCAGCGGUGCUAGGAAAGGUUGUACAGUUCCCUCUUGAGCCUGAGACAGAGGUGAAGAGUCGUGCAGCAUAAAGACAUGGACUCGUACGACCUAUUUGGCGAAGAUGUCAGUGGCUCAAUGCUCGAUGCUCUUCCUGAUCUUGGGGGGAACGAUCACUUUGAUCCAGCAGGCCCAGCGAGCGGCACGGUAGUGUCCAGAGAUGGUGCGAAUCCGGGACCCAAUGGAGGAGGGAGUUACAUCAACCAGUCCUAUAGCAUCUCUCAAGAAUCUCCUCUCCAAAAAUUGAGCACGUUUGGUGGUAGCGAAUUCGGUGGAAGUGGCCAAUUGCAGAGUAACCAGCCGCAACGCGGAAUGUUCAAUCAGAAUCUGGGUACGUUUGACGCAGGGGCACCACAGCGUGCGAUGGUCCCUGCUGCGUUUCAGAAUCAAGCGCGAGGCAUGGCACCCCAGCACAGGGGUCCUCAUCCAAGUGCUGGGGGCCAAUAUCCUGGAUAUUCGGACAACAUGUACUCAAUGGAGCAGCAGCAUCCAAUGGCAAGAGCGAAUAUGAGCAUGGAUCCAACCAUGCAAGGCUGGCCAGCAGGUGCAGGCUCCUAUCCCCAGAUGCAGAGGCACUAUAAUCAAAUGGCGCCUCAGCCUGGAGCUUAUCGGCAGCAUAUGCCACAGUAUUCUCACCAGCAGGAUCAAGCUGGCAUAAGUCAGAAGAUACAGCAGCAACAGCAACAGCAGCAGCAGCAUUUCACUGCCCAACAGGGUAUAAUGGGGAACAUGGGGGUUCCUCAUCAGGGUAUGCAGCCUGGUGCUGCUGGCGGUGUAUACCAACAUAUGGUAGGCCAGCAGCAGCACUACCAGCAAGGCAACCCCGCAGCAAUGUAUCAGAAUAGUGGAGGUUACGCAGGCUUUGCUUCAGCAAUGCAUGCUCAGCAGCAGCAGCAACAAAGCCAACCACAACCUCAAAGAAUGCCCCAUCAUCAUCCGUCCCAUCAAACUCAUCCAACGCAUCCUACGCAUCAACAGUAUCCACAGCAUACGCAACACCCUAGCACACAGCAACCAAUGGAUCCUCAGUAUCCUCACCAUACCGCACCCAUGUUCAAUCAGCCACAACAUCCAGGACCUGGUGCGCAGUUUGGAACUACGAAGCAUGCAACCAGUCCACAAUACAGGGCAACUUUUCCCCAGCUCUCGCCGCAAAUGUCUCCCAGACCACAAAUGUCUCCGAGGCCCCCAGCGGUGCAGCAGCAAAUGUCUCCGAGGCCGAUAAUGUCUCCUGCGAAGCCAAGCACGCUCUCGCCUCAUCCUCAUGUGCAGCUACCGCAUCAGCCGACACAGCCAACCUCGAACGUCUCUGUCUCGCCGUGUCCGCCGACGUCAAUGCCAAUGAAUCCUUCUGGUGCGACUCAGCAGAGUACAUUGCAGGCGCUCGAACAAAUGGUCAUACCUGGAGUAGCGGUGCCAAAUCCUAAUGUACCCACGCAGGAUUACAAUCAGUUCCAGCCGCGACCUCCUAUGCCUCAUCCGCCUAAUAUAUUAACACAAUCGUCAACAGCACAAAGCUCAAUGCCACCUGUGACUGGGCCCAGGAUGCCCAUGCCUGCGCAAUGGUCGCAUACGCCACAGCAACCGCAGCAACCAUCGCAGCCACAACAGCCACCACCUUCGCUGCCACAGCAGCAGCAGCAGCAACAGCAACAACAGCCUCAAAUAAGACCGAACCUCAAUGUAAACGUAAAUGACGGUAGGCCACCAAUGAUGGAACCACCACCGCCAACGUCUUCGGAACAAGCUCCUUUGUUUCCAGUAAAUGGACCAGAUAGUAUGAACGUGGUGGAAACAACAACGAGGGAACCUGCGGAAACGACACAGGCAUCGAUUAAUCCACCACAAGCAGAGAGCAUGGAAACACCUGAACAGACAGGGGCUAAGAAGAUAGAAAUGAUGCAACCAGGGGGAAGUCCCGUUCAGAAUAAUUCUCAAGUAAAUCUGAACGUAGAAUCGGUACCCCCUGUGCAGCCUUCUCAAAUAGAACCGGUGCAAAGUCUACCGGCUUCCAGUACUAGUGGGAAUGUAGAAGUUAGUAGUACACCGUUGAUGGUGCAACAACAAUCUAUUACAGUGUCGAAUGCCGUAUCGAGUAUUGAGUCGAAUGUAUCGGAAGUAAAAAGCAGCGAGCAAUCUGCAGAGAUGAGUUCGGUUCAUCACCAAGGAACUAUUGUGGGACCCUCGCCACCGCACGGACAGCCACCUCUUGUUGCUCAACAACAACAAGGACAGCAGCCACUAAUGUGUAGUCAACCGUCUGUUCAGAUGGGUCAAUCUACAGUUCAGCCGCAGCAGCAGCAACCUCUGACUCAAUCUCAACAACCUCAGCAAUCUCAAAUCACUCAACAGACACAACAGGGCCAAAUGAAUCAGCAACCUCAACAGAGUCAAAUGGGACAACAACCUCAGCAGAUGCAGAUGAGUCAGACUCAGCAGGCACAGCCUUCCCAGCCGCAGCAACAGCAACCCAUUGGACAGGGUCCUCAAACAACAAUGUCACCUGUACAACAACAGCAACAAAUGGGUCAAGCACUUCAAUCACAAAUAGGACAGUCUCCGCAACAACAAAUGGGACAACCUCCACCUCAAUCCCAGCAACAAAUACCACAGCCUUCUCAGCAACAAUUAGGUCAAGCUUCGCAACAACAACAAAUGGGUCAAGCGUCCCACCCGCAAAUGGCCCAAGCUCCUCAACCACAGAUUAAUCAAACUCAACAGCCUCAGAUUGCUCAAGCUCAAACACCCCAACCUCAGAUUGGCUCUACACAGCCCCCUCAAGCUCAACAGCCUCAAUUGGGCCCCACUCAACAAGCACAGUCGCACAUGGGGCCCCAACAGGUGGGUAUGAUGCCACAGAGUAGUCCCAUGUUGCCACCUCAAAUUCCUCAUCAACCACAAAUGCAGCCACAGAUACCUAAUCAAACGUCACAGCUACAGGCGCAACCAAACCAAGUGCAGUCUGGACAUGUACCUCCGCAGCAAAUCCCGACAGUUGGACAAACUGGUAACAUGGUGAUGCCUCCUCAUCAGACUGCAGUUCCCUUGCCAAAUAACCAGCCACCACUCCCUGUCCAAGGGUUUGGCGAAUACACAAAUAUACAAAAACCUAAUAACAUGUAUCAGAAUGAUAUGAUUGUGGGCUCUGGUCAGCAGUACCAUACUGGUGCCGAUAUAAUUGGUGGUAAUACUAUAUCUAGUAUGUAUGGUAUGCCACCUGGUACUACGCCAAAUGCAGUAGGUCCCGGUUUCAAUAAUACCUGCGCACCAGUAACUCAUCAUCAGGAACGUGCUGCACUCCAGCAACAAUUACAGGAACUCUAUUGCAUGCCACCUGCUCCGGAAAACCAAGAGAAGAUCGUCAGUCUUCAGGAAAGAUUACAGGCACUUCAGCAACACGAAACUAACGACCAGUGCAAUGGAGGGCCCCAGUGUAUUCUUCAGACUCCCAUGUUUACAACAGCAGCUGUUGUAGACAGUCCCCAAGUGUCUAGCACGACAGGACGCGGAAGAAGCAAAGGUACACCUCGGGCAAAGAAAAGUAGAAAGAAGGCGGACAAGGAAGCCGUUGCUCCGAUGAUUCCAGUUCAACCAAUGUCUCAACCUGAGCAGCCAUUGUCCGACAAUCUUGUAACACCGGGAGACAGUAGUAACAUUGUUGACAGCGCUGCAGAUUCUGAGGAUCUGAAACCAACUUCUGGUGAUAUGGAGGAAGAAUGGAAUAAAAGUAGAAAGUCUCGACCACCACGAAAACCACGUAAGCCAAAAGAGCCUAAGGAUCCAAAAAUUAAGAAGGAAGCGAAGGCACCGAAGGAGGCUAAGAGUCCUAAGGGACGAAAGAAGAAUAAAGAGGCUAAGGAGACUAAACGCGGUAGAAAGAAGACGAAUCAAUCUGAAUCUGCCGAUGACGAAGCUGUUCAGGAAGGCGAGGAUACCGCGGUAUCGGAUUCUGUGCCUGUCCAGGAUGCUGAAGUGAAACCAAGUGACCAACCUGCUCAAGACGAUCAAGCUCAGGCGGACUCUUCAACCGCAGAGCCUAUAGUAACAGAAUCCAAGGAUGAGGCUGAAGAAAAAGCCGAAUCCGAAGAGGUUCUCGAUGAGGAGAAAAAGGAAAGUUCCGUCCAGGAAACAGCAACCGUUGAAGCUUCCACUCCUGUCAAGAAAAAAGCAGCAGGACGUAAGAAAUCCGUAGGAAAGGCCAGCGCUGGACGUACUCCCAGGAGUAACAAGAAACGGAAGAGUCGUAUCGCUCCGGAUUCUGAUGGUGAGGAACUCGCCGCUACUCCACCACCAUCUCCAGAGGCUGGCGACGAUCUUAAUAAAAGACGAUCAGCCAGGAAUACUCAUAGGAAGAAAUACGUCGACGACGUAAUGUUAAGGUUCUCUGACGACGAAGUACCCCUUCAGGAUGCCCAGAGUUCCAAGAAGUCUGAAGGGUCUGGGGCCUCGAAACCCGCUGCGGUGAAACGCGAAAACGAGGGCGGUGACGUGGGACCAAACAAGCCAAAUUUUGUCUACAUUAACACUACGGACGAGGACUCCAUGGUAGUGCAACAUAUUUUAUGCACUCGGAUCGGCAAGCGAGAAGUCAAACCAGACCCAGUAGCAGAAGUAAAGCCUGAGCCGAAGGAAGACAAUGCUGAAAGUAGUAUGGACACUAAAGAGGAGGUCGAGGAAUCUACGGAGAAGCCAAUGGAGAAGGAGAAGGAGAAGGAAGAAGGUGACGAAGAAAUCAAGGAAGAAACACCCAAGGAGACAGAGGAAAAGGAGGAAGAGACUCCAAAGGAUGAACCAAUCAAGGAGAAGGAAAAAGUGGAGAAAGAAAGUGAAGAUGUGGAAGCAGACACAGAGAAUGAAGAGAUUGAGAAAAAAGAAGCCGUAGAGGAGGAGGAGGAGGAGGUGGUGGUCAAGAAGGAGGAUGAUGAUGAAGGGGAAAGCAAAGAUAACGAGGAAAUCGAGAAGAGCGAAAAGACAGAAAAUUCCGAAACGACCGAAAUAAUCACCCCCGAAGUUAAACCUCAGGUAAUCGAGGUCGAAGAAUACCUAGUGAAGUACAGAAAUUUUUCAUACCUCCAUUGCGAGUGGAGAACCGAAGAGGAAUUGUACAAAGGUGAUAAAAGAAUUCAAGCAAAGCUAAAGCGUUUCAAGCAGAAGCAGCAACAAAAUACAAACAUCUUUGAGAACCCCGAGGACGAUCCAUUCAAUCCUGACUUCGUGGAGGUCGACAGAGUCCUGGAUGAGGCCACGCAUACGGACCCAACUUCAGGUGAGACUGUUCGUCACUUUCUUGUCAAGUGGCGAUCGUUACAGUACGAGGAUUCUACUUGGGAACUAGAAGAGGACGUUGACCCAGAGAAAAUAGCUUCUUUUCACAAAUUCAAUAAGCUUCCUCCAAAGGAUCAAUGGAAACCAAAAAAGAAGCCAAAUGCUACGGGCUGGGUAAAACUCGAAGAAUCUCCAAUUUACAAGAACAAUAAUAGUUUAAGACCAUACCAGUUGGAGGGUCUCAAUUGGCUUCUCUUCUCCUGGUACAACAAUCACAACUGUAUCCUUGCCGACGAGAUGGGACUUGGUAAAACAAUUCAAUCCCUGACCUUCGUGGAUGCUGUAUACAAAUAUGGAAUACGUGGACCUUUCUUAAUAAUCGCACCGCUCUCCACAAUUCCAAAUUGGCAAAGAGAAUUUGAGGGAUGGACCGACAUGAACGUCGUGGUCUAUCACGGAUCUGCAGCUAGUAGAACAAUGCUUCAGGAAUAUGAAGUGUAUUAUAAAAAUGAUAAGGGACAACAGAUCAAGGACCUAGUCAAAUUCAAUGUCCUGAUCACAACCUUUGAAAUAAUUAUAACUGAUUUUAAUGAACUACGUGGGUACAAUUGGAGACUCUGUGUCAUCGAUGAAGCGCAUCGUUUAAAGAAUCGUAACUGCAAGCUCUUGGAGGGAUUGCGACAACUCAAUCUAGAGCAUCGAGUUCUUCUCUCAGGAACACCCUUGCAGAAUAACGUCAAUGAGCUCUUUUCUUUACUGAACUUCCUGGAACCAACACAGUUCUCCAGCAGCGAAGCCUUCCUCAAGGAAUUUGGUAACCUGAGUAGCGAAGGUGAAGUUCAAAAGCUUCAGCUACUUCUCAAACCCAUGAUGCUAAGAAGACUAAAGGAAGAUGUCGAAAAGUCUCUAGCUCCUAAGGAAGAGACUGUAGUCGAGGUCGAAUUAACUAAUAUUCAGAAGAAGUAUUAUCGUGGCAUCCUCGAGAGGAACUUCUCAUUCCUUGCCAAAGGCACCACAUCCGCCAACAUUCCCAAUCUCAUGAACACCAUGAUGGAACUUCGAAAAUGUUGUAUUCAUCCAUUCCUACUUAAUGGAGCCGAGGAUCAAAUUCAGUUGGACUACAAAUCAACGGAAAAGGAAGAUUCUGAAGCGUACUUUCAUGCCCUUGUUAAUAGUUCUGGUAAAAUGGUUUUAAUUGACAAAUUACUACCGAAAUUAAAAGCCAGUGGUCACAGGGUUUUGGUAUUCAGUCAAAUGGUCAAGUGUUUAGAUUUAUUGGAGGACUACUUGCUUUAUAAGAAAUAUCCUUAUGAAAGAAUCGAUGGCCGUAUUCGUGGGAAUUUAAGGCAGGCAGCUAUUGAUCGUUACAGUAAACCAGACUCGGAUCGAUUUGUGUUUCUAUUAUGUACCAAAGCUGGUGGUCUUGGUAUUAAUUUGACAGCAGCUGACACAGUCAUUAUUUAUGACAGCGACUGGAACCCUCAGAAUGACUUACAGGCUCAAGCAAGAUGCCACAGAAUUGGCCAACAAAAGAUGGUUAAAGUGUAUCGACUCCUUUGUCGAAAUACAUACGAGAGAGAAAUGUUUGACAAAGCUUCCCUGAAACUCGGAUUGGAUAAAGCCAUCCUUCAGUCAAUGAAUACCAGCCAGGGUGGUAAGGAUCCCGGUAACAAACAAUUAACUAAAAAGGAAAUUGAGGAUCUAUUAAAGAAAGGUGCCUAUGGCGCCAUCAUGGAUGACGAUAACGCGGGUGAUAAAUUUUGUGAGGAGGACAUCGAGCAGAUUCUCGAAAGAAGAACACAGAUCAUCACCAUUGAAGCUGAAAAAGGAUCGACAUUUUCAAAAGCUAGUUUUGCCUGCUCCUCCAAUAGGUCGGAUAUCAAUAUCGAUGAUCCUGAUUUCUGGAAGAAAUGGGCAAAGAAGGCAGAGAUCGACACUACGGAAAAGAAGGAAGAGGACGAGCUAGUGAUAUCCGAGCCACGUAGAAGAACUCAAAUAAAACGUUACGGGCAUGACGAGUCCGUAGUAGAUAUGUCAGAGCUCGACAGUUCUGAUGACAAUAGUGACGACGACACUAGUGGUGGAUUAACCGGUAGAGGAAAGAAGCGAAGGGACAAAUUCGGCAAGAAGAGCAGAAGGUUCUACGACGAGUACGUUCCACGGGAAGGCGAGGUGGUAUACGGUAGCUGGGCCAGGAGUGAAUGUUUCAAAGUGGAACGUGGUCUCUUGACCUUUGGCUGGGGUCGUUGGGAGGAAAUCCUUCAGCACAGUCAAUUCCGACGUGGAUGGCGCGAGAUCGAUGUCGAGGAUUGCGCCAGAGUCAUACUUCUUUAUUGUCUCCGUUAUUAUCGUGGCGACGAGAAGAUACGGAACUUUAUCUGGGACCUAAUAACACCCUUAGAAAACGGUGAGAAGGUCAAGACGAUUUCGAUAAACACCACUAGUAGGAACAGCAGACAGAAGAAGAAAGGACGCGUGCGAGAAGGUCGUGAAACCAGAGGAUCCACUGCGAACGGUGGACCCAGCGAUCCGAAUCAUUGGAGUCACGCCGAGAAGUACGACGGCGACAUCUUCCUCGAGAGCAAUUACAAGAAACACCUUAGUCGACAUGCCAACAAAGUCCUUUUGAGGGUUCGUAUGCUGUACUACAUAAAGCAUGAGAUCAUCGGGGAUCUGGUUCAACACAUAUCGGAUGGCGUUCACGUCAGUGCGUUGCGGAUAAACCCCCCGCAGCUGGCGGAGCCUCCAGCGAAAUGGUGGGACUCGACGGCAGACAAGUCCCUAAUAAUCGGAUGCUACAAACACGGCUACGAGAAUUACGAGCAGAUGAGGGCCGAUCCCGCGCUUUCUUUCAUUUCAAGCUGUCCUCUCCCUCCCCAGACUCAGACUCAGACUACCCAGGUUAACAACAGGGAGGAAAACAGCAUGGAAAUCGAGACCGAGGAUGGCGAGACUUCGAUCUUGGCCAAGGAGUCGAAGGACUCGGAGAAAUUCGGCAGGGAGACUCCUGCGGAUUCGCCAGCUAUUUCCAGCAAGGCGGACACUCCUGUUCCUGAAGCAAGCAGCAGCCACGACGGUACCGAGGGGUUACCGGAGGAUGACAAAACCUGGCCGUCGGUCGUCGAUCUGAACACACGUCUGCGCAGAGUUAUCACUUCCUAUCAGCGUAGUGUGAAAAAGGAGGAAACUAAGACAGUUGCUCAAAAGGGAAAACCGAAUGAACCGGAAGUCGGAAAUCAUUCUGCUACUUCCACUACUGAUCCGCCAUUAAACAUGCAAGGAUGGGAUUUGCAACAAUUGGCAAUGUACCUACUGAAAAUGGAACGUAGGGAAAAGAUGGAGGCUAUGGUGAAGGAACGUGAACGUACGCGCAUUGAGGAACAGCGUGCAAAAUGGUCGCGUAGGGAGGAAAGUGAAUUUUUACGUGUCGUUUCGACCUACGGUGUUAAUUAUGAUAGGAAGAAGGCUCAGUAUGACUGGACGAAAUUUAAAAGUAUCGCCAGGUUUGAUAAGAAGACGGAUAAUGAUCUGACUGAUUAUUACAUGUCCUUCAGGGCGAUGUGCAAGAAGGCUUGUAAUUCGAAACUCACCGAGGAAGACGAUAUUGCUGUGGAUCAUUUGAGUCCUAGCAAGGCCAGGCAGAUCCUUGAUAGAGUGGAUCUCCUUAGUAAGAUUCGCGAGGAAAUACUUUCCCAUCCUCAUCUAGAGGAACGACUUUCUCUUUGUCAACCAUCCGGGGAUACUCCCGAUUGGUGGCAACCUGGAAAACAUGAUAAGGAACUUCUCUUGGGAGCUGCUAAACACGGUCUUGGUAGAACGGAUAUUACUAUACUGAACGAUCCUGAUUUUUCUUUCCACAAGAUCCUGGGUAAAAGUAUAUUCAGUGGCGUGCAUGCUACCAAGUUACCUGAGAAGGUGGAGCGCGCUAUAAAGAUUGAAAGUCGUGAAGACAUUUUGAAAUUUGACAAGGACGAAAUUUUAGUGAAACUAGAAAAGGGUGAAGGUACCUUGAAGAUAGAGAAAGUCGGGGUUAAAAAGGACAAAGAUGUAGUCAUGGAGAAGAAACCAGAGACCUCAAAUGUGGAAAAGAGCCAGGUCGAGUUGACCAUAGUCAAAACAGAAGCUAAGACGGAAGACAAGGGUACCAAUGCCUUUACAAUUACAACAGUGGCCAAACCAAAGUCACCCGAACCGGAAAAACCUCUUACAGCAAAGGUUGAGUCGGAGGUACCCGAGAAUCCUCCUACGGAACCGGAACCCGAACCUGUUAAAGCAGAAGAGGAUAUCGUUCAGGAAGAAAAGAGUGAAGAGAAGCAAGUGGAAGAAUCUGAACCAAAAGAGAAUGGUCCAGCGGAGAAGGAAACUAAGGAGGAGGACCCUGAGGAGAAAGAAAAGGAGCCAGAAAAACCAAAGGAAGAAGAAGAGAAAGAAGAAGAAAAACCGAAGGAAGAAAAGGAAUCUGAAUGUACAGAGAAAGUCAAAGAAAUGACAACCCAGACAGAAAUCAAAGAAGAGACUGAAACAAAGAGUACAGAGAACAAAGAAACAGAGGCUACUGAAACUCCUAUGGAAGUGGUGGUGACACCGGAAAGGAACGAGGAACCGGAAGUCACUAGCGAUGUCAAAUCAGAGCCUCCCGUAGAAGAUGCUCCGGUGAAAGAAGAGGAAUCUCAAGAAGACAAAGCUACUGAAAUCGACAAGGAUAAAGUCAAAGCUGCUAAAAUUGAAGACAAGUGCAGUGUCCAAGCUGCAGAACUCAAGGCGAUGUUCCCCGAUCUAGAAGUUAUUCAACCGCUUUCGCGGUUAACGCAGAUAGACACCUUCGUUCUUCGCGACAAAACCAUAGAUUACACUGAACCGACUGUAGCACAAUUAUUGGCUCAUAGUUAUCAAGCUUCUAUAAAAUGGCCGAAGGAACACGCCAUUGAAGCUAGAUUGAUGCACAUUGUGCACGCGAUCGAGCACAAGGAAUGGCCGGUUUCCAUAAACUUUAGUGCAGGCGAUGAGACUGAAAUUAUUCCUGAAAAGGAGAGUGAGGUUAUCACGAUAACUACGGAUCACGGAGUCCCCAGGUCUUUGACGGCUAGCAAUAAUAUCUCUGUCUCGAAGAAGCGUAAGAGACACAUUGCCAUUGACGUGGAAACCGAGAGGGCGAAACUUCAUGCACUCUUGAACAGUAGUCACAUCACUGCACAGCCUCUUACGUCCUUGAGCAAACCAACUGUAUUACCUGCAGCUACUUGGGAAAUAAACGAGGAAUCCCAAUCAGAGGAAUCACGAAGGUCCACUCCAGUACAGCCACCACCUGCUCACCAACAAGCUAGGACGCCUGCGAUACCUUUUGAUCCAAAGUAUACCAUACCUGGAAAAACAACGAUAAUACCGGGAACAUCCAGCACCUUGACUCCAAUAGAUCUGUCUCCUGGAUUUCCUAAAACAACGACAACUGAGACGAAUAAAGACAUGAUGAACGAAGUGCAGGAUUUCUCAAUGCCAAACAAAAGUAAGCAAAUAAGUAGCAACAAGGGCAAGCUGGACAGCAUGUUAGACAAGCUAAUGAAGAGGAAAAAUUGUCCGACUGACGAGCCGGUGAUUGGGAAGGAAAAGAAACGCAGAAAACUGGAUGAAAUUGUAUUAGGUCUGAGUGCAGCCAAAGAACAACAGAGCAGCCAUUACCCGGAACACAGUAAAAAGAGCACGAUAACACCAAAUGUGACUGUGACACCGACCUCGGCACCUAUCGGUCUUCCGAAUCCGCCAUCAACUUCCCAGAAACCGUUCUCCAUAACCGUGACCUCGAUACCGUCCUCGAGGGCAUCAGGAUCCUCUUCGAAUUUACCUCCACCGUCCUUGCACUCACACAAGGAUUCUUUCUCUGCAUUGAUCGCUCAGGCGGAGCAGCAGAAUCGUGAAUUGAAGAAGCAACAGCAGCAGCACCAACAACAGCAACAACAUCAACAGCACCAGCAGCACCAGCAGCAACAACAACAGCAAGCAUUUAAUUCUGCACAUUCGUCCAGUAGCAGUCAUCGUAAGAGUUAUGAAGCAAUGAUUGCGGAUAUUAACAAAGUUGCUGAGUAUUCUUCGAAGAUCGGAUCUUAUUCUCACGAAGCUAAGGUAAAUAAGUGGCUUGCCGAACAAACUGUCAUGUCAGAGCAACUUGGCGCUGAGUACCUGAAUGCACCUCGCCGAAGAAGACCCAGAGUCGAUCCAUCCUUGCUGGAUUGGAAGAAACUCACGGGAGAGGAGAACGUCGCUGUUAUUAAUAGGCUGACUGGAAAGAAGGUUACUGGAAGUAAGGCUCCACAGCUCAAAAGACUUGGACAGUGGCUCAUUGAGAAUCCUAUGUUCGAUGUCGAUCCCAAGUGGGCCGAACUUGUCAAGGAGAGAGGAAACCUUCCCCACGAUCUACAGAAGAGGCUACCUGGUGCUGAUAGAAGCAGCAACAAGGGCAAAAGUCCUGGGCGACCGCCAAUGAUGCCAAGUCCCACGAAUCAGCCGUCCGUGAGUCAGGCUAACCUGGCAGCUACUUCGAUAGCUUCAGGAUUGAAUUUCCCAUCCUUAGGAAAUCUAAAUAAUUCACUACUCUCGGGACUUUCUUUAGGAAACUUUGAUCCUAAAAAUAAUCCUUUAUUAAUGCCCUUUGGGGGGUUGCCCAAUCUCGGCGCACUAGGUGGCUUGGGCAAUCUUGGUAAUUUGAGUAACAUGAGUCUCACGAAUUCACUGUUCGCCAAUUUGGCUGGUCUUGGCUUGCCUUCCUUAGCCGGUAUGGAGGCUGCACUUAGUGCAACCGCGACAAGCACAGUGGACACGAACGUCGUAUCCUCGGCGGGUAGUAAAAAUACCAAUUCGACGAGCACCAGCUCUAGCAAGUCUCGCAGUAAGAUGGAACCACCAAGUAGCAAAUCGUCAGCGCCUUCUACUUCGACUUCUUCAUCCUUACCAACGACGACGCCCUUCCCAUUCUUUUUCCCAAGUCCAGGACUUCUUUACACUCCUUUGGGACUUGGCGGGCUUAACCCCUUCUCGAUGCAACCUGGAGGUGUAUCUUCGGCUUACGAGAGUCUCGCUCAAUGCGGAUUAUUGAAUCCUCCAACUUCCACAGCGAGCACAUCAUCCUCAAGAAAAACGUCAAGUGCGUCUACUAGUUCUAGACAAAGAGGUGGAGAUAACCUGGACUCUAACAAGAGAAAGGAGGCUGAAAAGAAGUCCAGGUACACGAUGGACCCUGCAGUGGCUCUACAGCAGUAUUCAGACAUGGCCUUUCACGAAGAACGAAAACGUGCAGAAUCCGAAAAAAAGGAGACCAUAGAACUAAGCGACUUCGCCGACCUAACUGCCAGACUUGAGAGAAAGAGUAAAGAGCAAGAAAUGAAGGAGGCCCUGGAGCAGCUAAGCCGAACCAGCGCCGAACUAUUAACGAGGAAUCUCGAAGAUCUUCAAAGGCCUUCUAAGAGAGCCAGGAGUUCUGAUCACGUCAUAGAGCAACAGGUACCGCCCUCGUUGGAGGUUACUCUGGAGCCUGUAACAAAGAAACCACGAGAAGCUGAAAGCACUGCUGCCACUACCACAACGACUACCACUACAAGUACGACCGCGACUGCUAAGAGUUCGGAAUCUGCCAUCGACAUGGAAAUAAUCAGGCCACUCUCAGCAAGUAGCGGCAAACACCCGGAUGAGACAACUUCACUAAACACAUCAGGCACUAGUAACAAAGAAUCCAACGAGUCCAUCGGCGAGUCUUCGCCGCAACAAUCUAAUGUGAACAAAUCCUCUGAGAAUAAGUCCCAGGGUGUCCUGGAGCAAGAGGAGGACGGCAAGGGUAAUAAAGCAAAGAAGCCUCGUAUUGGCAAACGUAUUAGUAACGAGCCUCCGCCGGAAAGAAAGAAUUUACGUUCAAGUGCAGGAAGGCAAGCAAGGGCUGCCGCGGAACGGCAGGCCAGAAUGGAAGGCACCGGAAGUAGUGAGCAUCAGUCUACCGGGGAACAUGAGAACCACGGUGCUGGUGAGUGAAUUCGAUUCCUAUGUGUUCAGGGGUUUAAGUUAUUUGUGACGAAAAUUUCGUUUACGGAAUUCACUGCGGACGAUGAAAACGUGUUGAUGGGAUUUAAUAAGAAGAAAAAAAGAGAAGGAAACACGAUCAUCCUCUACCUGGUCAUUAAUGGAGUACAAUUAUUAUAGCACGUAAAACGUUCGUCUCUUGUCGCGUCUCGUUCUCGCGAAACGGACUGCUGCUAUGAGAAGAGACGGUAGUGAUAUUGUUUAUUUAAAAAUAAUUUUUCUGACGAGGAACUCUGUACUUCGUCUAAAGACAAAAGGAGACAGUGUGCGGUAAAGAAACGUUGCGUCAUCUCCAAAUAGUGACCAGGAUACGGAGGCAAUAGUAUUUCGCGAGGUGGUAAUACUUUGUGUGGUAAUUAAUAUUUAAUUACGUAAUGUUUAUUAGUUAACGAAGAUGGUAAUUUUGUUAAAUUUAUUAUGUACGUUUUUUUUUCUUUUUUUUUUAUCUUAUUGGUUUUGACCAGGGACUGUUUUAUAUAACUGCUAUCAUCUACAUUAUUCGUAUAUUAUAUGUAUAUGUAUAUAAUUUAUAUUUAUAAACUUAUAUAUAUAUGCAUAUAUAUAUAUAUAUAUAAACAUAUAUAUAUUAUUAUUAUACACGUAAUAUUAUAAUCGUAAUACGAGUAGAAAGGUUAGUUUAGACGUAACUUAAACUGAUGGAGGAGAGAAACUGUAAAUAACAUACAAUCUGCCUAGGUACGUCGUCUAAGCGAAAUCGUGUACUUGGAAAAGUGUAUAUAUUAACGAUGCAGUGUACUUUUAAUUAUACUAGGUGAAAUAAUAAACGGCUUCUUUUGUUGUUUGCAAGUUCGCUGCGAAUUGGCUUACGACAGGAACGUAAAUGACAAAUAA